AUGAAAUACUGGACGGUGGUGAUGUACAUGGAGAUCGGCAGCUUCGUGUCCUGCCUGUGUGGAUGGGUCCUGGUGUGCUCCACCCUUCCCACGGAGUACUGGACCUUCUCCGAGGUUGGCACCAUCGUGCUGACCACCUCCAACUACUACUCCAACCUGUGGAGGGACUGCGUCUCGGACACCACGGGGGUGUCCGACUGCAAGGAUUACCCCUCCAUGCUGGCCCUGCCUGUGUUCCUACACGCCUGCAGAGCGCUCGCCGUCUGUUCCGUCAUCACCGGUUUCUUCGGAGGCGUCCUCACACUCGUCGGGAUGAAAUGCACCAAAAUAGGCGGAUCAGAGAUUGCCAACGCCAGGGUGACCUUCGCCGGCGGUAUAACCUACCUGGUUUCAGGGUUCUGCGGUAUGAUCACCUACUCAUGGUGGGCCAACAGAGUCAUAACAGAAUUCUUGGACCAAAAUUUCAGGGCACAGAAAUUUGAAAUUGGAGCUGCAGUUUUCAUUGGCUGGGGAGGCUCCAUCCUUCUCCUCUCUGGAGGGACAGUGCUGACUUACUUCUCUGGAAAAGAAGGUCUCCCAAAAACUUCCUCAAGGCCACGGAGGCCGGCCACUUACGCCACCGCCCGAACCAGACGGACCUACAUGCUGCCCGGCUCGUCGUCCAGAGUGAAUCUGGGGCCGCCGCUGUUUUAUGAGGGCAGGAAGAGCAGAGCGAGCAGAGCAGCAACGGGGACCAGACUGACCUUCAACAGGGACAGCUUUGUCUGA